AUGUCUGAAGACGAUGAUCGUUCCUUAUCUUCUGUAGAUGGAUACGAUCCAGCUGCACCUAAAGAAUUUUAUGAUGAUGAUAUCAAUGCAGAUGCUCAGUCGUCUAUUUCACAGGGUUCUCAGUUUACAGGAAACAGAUCAUUAAGGAUUACAAGAACAGAAACUAAAAAAUCAUUAAAUGAAUUGGGUCUCUCAAGGUCGAUCCCAGUUCCAGAUUUAGUCAAUCCACCGGUGGAAAACCAAAUUUUCCCAGAAGAAUAUACCCUUGAAACGACUACUGGUUUGGUGCCGGUACAAACGUUGCAGUCUAUUGGAAGAAUAAAUUCCCACUAUGAUAGAAAGCUGCAUGAGAUUACUGAUGAAAAGUCGUUGGAUCCGGAGAUUGAAUUAGUGACAUUCGUGAUAAAUGAUCCGGAAAACCCACAUAACUGGAACCCAGUUGCCAGAUGGGCUUAUACCUUUUUAUUGUCCAUGCUUGUUAUUUGUGCAGCAUACGGUUCGUCUUGCUUGGCAGGAGGAUUAUCCACUAUCAACGAAAAAUUCAACGUUAGUGAAGAAGUAUCCACGCUAUCUGUCUCAUUGAUGGUUAUUGGAUUUGCAAUUGGACCCUUACUUUGGGCUCCACUUUCUGAGCAAAUUGGUAGGAGACCUGUUUACUUUAUUUCCUUUGGAUUGUAUACUAUUUUCAACAUCCCUGUUGCAUUGGCUCCGAAUAUCGGAACUGUGCUAGUUUGCAGGUUUUUGUGUGGGGUAUUCUCUGCUUCAGCAUUAAGUAAUGUCGGUGCUUCAUUGGUUGAUUUACAUAAAGAUACAAGAGGUUUGGCAAUUGCAUUCUUCUCAUUUUGUCCCUAUUCCGGUCCAGUAUUUGGAGGCGUUGUUAAUGGUUUCAUCUCAGUUAGCACUGGUAGAUUCGAUCUUAUGAUUUGGGUUAACAUGGCAUUCGCUGGUGUUAUGUGGAUUAUUGUUUCACUGAUUCCAGAGACUUACGCCCCAGUGAUUUUGAAGAAGAGGGCUAAGCAGAUGAGAAAAGAUACUGGUAACAAAAAGAUUAUGACUGAACAAGAAGCCAGCCCUAUGACUUUUUCUGAAUUGUUAAAUACUUGCUUGUACCGUCCAUUAAAAUUCGUGAUUCAAGAGCCAGUUUUGGUCUUAAUCUGUGUUUUCGUUUGUUUGAUCUAUUCAAUGUUAUACGCCUUCUUCUUUGCUUAUCCUGUGAUUUUCAAUGAAUUGUACGGCUAUAAAGAUAACAUUAUUGGAUUAAUGUUCAUUCCUAUUUUGAUGGGAGCUGGCUUGGCCCUUUUAACUACUCCAUUAUUGGAGAAGCAAUACAGUAUCAUCUGUAAGAAGAGACGUCCAGUUCCAGAAGAUAGGUUGAUUGGUGCUAUGAUUGGUUCUCCAUUCCCAUGUAUUGCACUUUUCAUUCUUGGUGCCACUUCAUACAAGCACAUCAUCUGGGUCGGACCAGCAUCUUCAGGAAUUCUUUUCGGCUAUGGUAUGGUUUUAAUUUACUAUUCAUUGAAUAAUUAUAUUAUUGAUACUUAUGCUAAAUAUGCAGCAUCUGCAUUGGCCACUAAGGUUUUCUUGAGAUCCGCUGGUGGUGCUGCAUUCCCAUUAUUCACCACCCAAAUGUACCAUAAGUUAGGGUUACAAUGGGCCAGUUGGCUAUUAGCCUUCAUUUGUUUAGGAAUGAUUCUUAUUCCAUUCACCUUUUAUAAAUUUGGUGCCCAACUUCGUGCUAAAUGGUGUCAAGAAGAUUAUACUGUUUAUCAUGUUGAUGACGAUGAUGAAGAGUAA